AUGUGUACGGAAAUGCAACGUGAAGUCGUUUCCAUCGACAUAGCGGCGUAUAUCAAGGACGAGAUGGACAGGAAGUACGGUCACUCGUGGCAAUGCGUUGUUGGAAGAAACUUUGGUUCUUUUGUGACCCAUGAGACAAAUCACUUCAUGUACCUAUACGUGAGAUAUACCGCAGUGAUGAUUUUUAAGACUGGCUGUUGA